AUGAAUUCCAAAAAAAGAAAGCAGACUAAAGAUAAAGAAAAUAUUCGACCAUCAAAGAAGUCCCGAAGCUAUAUAACUCUUUUUUGUUGGGUUCGUGGGGAUGUGCCUGCAGCUGUGCACGCUAUUACAAUAAAUAUUAGAAAGGAAAACACUAUUGGCGAGCUAAAAGAUCUUAUUAAAGAGAAAAUUGAGGUCCCCACCAUAGCGAAAGAUAUUAAACUUUGGAAGAUCGAAAUUCAAGAUAAUCGCGACGAUGAAUUAGCAAAUUUCCCACUUCAAGACUCUGAUAUGCUUCUUGCCACCCGCAAAAUUGGGGAAUAUUGGGGAAAAAUGCCACCAAAACGAUAUAUUCAUGUUAUUAUAGAUUUUAAAAAAUGUAAUACAAACUCUCUUCUGAGACACGGCAUCAAUAGUCUUCUCAACGAUCAUAAUAUUGAUGAAUUGUGUUUAUACAUCGAAUCAAAAUUAAAGGAAUGGAUCAAGAGAGGAAAUCUUUAUGAAGACAGAGAACUGGUCACAAAAGUGUUGUUUCAUGCCCUGCUCUCAGAUAUCCCAAAUUACUAUGUUGAUACGGAGGUUCCCAUAGACAUUUGCCACAAUGUAUCCCUUUAUGCCGAUCUUUUGAUAGUUGAACUCAAAUCAGCUGAUAAUACAAAGCGGAAUCGGUUUAUUUUUGAGUUCAAGAAUAAAAGUGUCAACUUCUUGGAUUUGCGAAUCAGUGGUAAUAAUUGUAACUGGGAAGUGAUGGAACAAAGAGCACAAAAAGUCGAAACAAUGUCAAUAAGUGAUGUGCGUCGAUUGAAAUGUGGCAAUGCAGAACGAUUUGAUAAAGGCAAGACUAUAGAGGAUAUUUUCAGUGAUGCCCGUAAACAACUCCUCAAUUAUAUUCACAAUUUAAAAGAUAACUCAUUUCAUACUUCAGCAUUUAUUGUGAUGUCAGUGGGUUCGAGAAGAUUAAUAUGGGAAAAAGUUAAUUAA